GGCGGUGACAGGGGCGCACGGCGACGAGUGACGGCCACUUUCUAACCUCCAAUUUAGUUUCUGUGUAGCUUUGAGUGCAAAUUGAAUUUUUAAAAUUAUUUAAUUCUUCAGACAUCAUAUUUAAUUAAUGCAGUUUUUAUGCGGAUAGAUUAAUAAAUUUGUAUUUUGUUGCUAUAUAUCAUAUCUUGUGAUUCAACAUGAGUGAUGAGGAAGAGUUCCUACUUACAGAAGAUAAAGAUUGUGAACAAAAACAAGGGAGGAAUUGAAAAAUAUGAGUUUUGAGGAUUUGCAGAAAUUAAAGGAGAAAUUAGAAACCAAGAUGUACAACGAGACCAUAUUUCGAAAGAGAAGUAAGAAAAAGACAGAGAAAACAGAGUUUAAAUGGGAAAACAAGAACAGGCCACAGGAGAUUUCUGCUUAAAAAACCUAGGAAAAUGAUCUUAAAACUUUACAAAAAGAGUUAAAAGAGACAACAGAUCCCAAAACUGUAAAGAAAAUAAAAUGAUAUCCAGAGACUUGAAAAUCAAUUAAGAGAGGAAAAGGAAACAAAGGAGCAAGAAGAAAAAAAAUGGCAGGAAACAAAGGAGUUAGUGAAAUUUGUUACGAGGAAAGAAGUCUACCUUCAAAAAUAAAUCUGACAUGAGAAGAAAAUCUUGGAUUUAGUCUCGCAAUAUGAAGAAUUGAAGAAUACAAGUAAAUUAAACAAUCAUAUUUAAAGACUGCAGAAGACAAACAAAAGAUAACAUAAAGUUAAUGACAAUGGCCGAGGAUACUUGUUAUCUGUCAGAUGAUUUAGUUGAAGAGAUAGACUCCUAUGCACCAAUAGUGCAAAGAAUCAUCGAUGAGGUUAUGAAAGGUUCUUUCAAAGGAACCACAUGGCAAGAUUUGGCAACGUUUGUCGAUAAAUUUGGCCCGAGAUUUACCGGUACCCAAGCUCUUGAAGACUCUAUUGAUUAUGUAUUGAACAAGUCGAUCAGUUUAGGUCUAGAUAAUGUUCAUGGUGAAGCAGUCAUCGUACCACAUUGGGUCAGAGGCUCAGAAUCUGCGACUCUUUUGCAACCAUAUCUAAAAAAUCUAGCGUUAUUGGGACUGGGUUACAGUGUCGGUACUCCAGAAGAAGGCAUAACUGCUGACGCUGUCGUAGUGAAUAGCUUCGCAGAACUUAAGAAACGGGCGAAAGAGAUUCCCGGGAAAAUCGUUGUAUACAAUCAAGAAUUUAUCUCGUACAACGAGACCGUGGAAUAUAGAAGCUCGGGAGCCACAAAAGCGGCCGAGUUGGGAGCUGUUGCCGCCUUGAUCAGAUCAGUAACGCCAUAUUCAUUGUACACCCCGCACACGGGUAUGAUGAGUUACGCAGAGAACGUUACUAAAAUUCCAGCUGCUUGUAUAACUGUUGAAGAUGCGAUUUUUCUGGGGAGGAUGGCGGACCGGGGUGAAACAAUAGUGAUAAACUUGAAAAUGGAAGCGAAGAGAUACCCUGACACUGAGUCGCGAAACGUUAUAGCGGAUAUCACCGGUUCUAGCGCGCCCGAAAAAAUAGUUGUCGUUUCUGGACACAUAGACAGUUGGGACAUUGGAGAAGGCGCAAUGGAUGAUGGAGGUGGCAUUUUUAUGUCAUGGACCGCAUUAAAAUUGUUGAAGCAUCUCGGCCUCCGGCCGCGAAGAACGAUAAGAAUGAUAAUGUGGACCGCCGAGGAACUAGGCCUUCUCGGAGCGCAACAAUAUAUACAAAAUCAUGCUGCAGAGAAUGAAAAUAUGCAAUUCGUGAUGGAAUCUGAUUUUGGCACUUUCACACCUACAGGUCUGGAGUUCACAGGAAACAAGACAGUCCAAUGUAUACUUCAGAGAAUAAUGCGAUUGUUAGCUCCGUUGGGUGACAUGCAGUUGAAGAGUCCAUCCACAGCGCCUGAUAUAUCGUUCUGGGUUAAAGCUGGCGUACCUGGUGCCGGUAUUUUGAAUCAAAACGAAAAAUAUUUCCAUUACCACCAUACGCACGCGGAUACCAUGUUGAUAGAAGAUCCGAAAGCUCUGGAUAUGAAUACAGCCCUAUUCGCAGCGGUAGCGUACGUUCUAGCGGAUAUAAGCGUUGAUCUGCCUCGACACGACUUCAUCAGCGUAUCAUGAAAUCAGUUUGAUAUAUGUACUUAACGAUGGAUAUUAUCUGCACGGUAAAUCAUUGAAAUUAUGUAUUCAUGGAGAGUGUUUUAUUUCAAAUGUGCCUGCAUACACACCCAUGGACAAUGAUUCGUCCCUCCCUAGAUCGAUUUAGGGAGGAACGAAUCAUUCUCCACGAGUGUACAAUCACAGCGAUGUAAACGAUUAAGGACUACAACGCCUAGUCUAAACUCUUUAAAAACAUCAAAAUGCACGUGAUCACUUGAUUUGAAGUCAUCUUUAGCGCAUAAUAAAGAAGAAUUAUGCGUUAUAUAUUAUGGUGCGCUAGCUUUGAAAUUAAAGAUCUCGCAGUCACUUCAGCACAAUUGAAUGAGACUUGCGUAGAAAUUAUCUUAUUUUUUUUCUUUUAAAAGCCAUUAUAAUCGGAUCAAAAUUAUAAAUUCUCGAACAAAUUUUCCUUAAAUCUGUAAACUACAUAGCAACAUUCACUUUUCUGUACCGCGGGUAUACAAUUUAUGUUGAGUUAAUCACAGUAGAGUUUAAAUUUCAUUUCUAAAAUAUAUAUAUUGUAUUGGAUAAUAUCGUUGAGUGGCUGAAAAUAUAAUGACCAGUAGCCUCGACACUAUGUACUAAAAUAUGUAAGAAUAUUUGUAUUAAACUGUAUGCAUAUGUAUGAGAUGUGUAUUUUCAUAAAACGUAUAUUAAAUCUUAUUAUUCUAAUUA